AAGUGUCCGGGUUUGCCACUAUAAAUAUAAGGAUAAUUUCAACUAAUCCAAACAACACAAGACGAAUUCACGUUGUUGAAAACUUAGAAAAACGUUCAAAAAUGAACUCAGUUGCUGUGUUAUUGUUUGCCGUGUGUGCAGUGUUGGCUAUUAGCUCCGUCUCGGGAGAUGCGAUUUUAUGUGAGGGAUCGAAAGGUUACAUCCAGUGUCCUCCUGGCCAGAAGAUAGCAGUUUAUAACGCUUACUACGGAAGAACACACAAUGGGAGUAUCUGUCCCCAUCCCGCCACAUCCAACCAGAAUUGCCGCGCAUCUGGCUCCUUCAACAAAAUCAAAAGUGCUUGCCACAAUAAACAGCGAUGCUAUUUGGCGGCAAACAAUGGAGUGUAUGGCGAUCCCUGCGUUGGAACGUACAAAUACAUUGAAGUGAAGUUCGCCUGUGUGCAGGCAUAAAACAGCCGGACAUUGUUUAUACUUAUGAAUAAUUCAAAUCAUGUGUUGUGUAAAUGAGUCAUAAUGAUAUGAAUAAUUCUAAAACUGAUAUACUAAUGAAACAAAUAUAUAUAUGCCUUCUAUGAAGGCGACAGAAGACUUGUCACGAGAUAUUUAAAAAUCAUUUGUUGUUCAACUCCAUCAAUUAAUAUAUCAAUGUACAUGCGGAAACAAGAAAGAAGUUAUUACAAGUGACAAUUCUGGCAAAAUGAAACAAUAGUUCAAAGUGGUGUUUACUUAAAUUUAUAAAGUAACAGAAGUUUAUUUGUCUGCAUAGUAACUUUACCCCUGUAGAAUGUAUUGUGAAAAAAUCCCAUUAGAUACUAUUUUAAGCAUAUUAAGUAUGUGUUUUUGCUUUUCAUCUGGAUGAGUUCUGAUAUUUAUAAAUGGCUAAACAUUUAAAACUUAUUCAAUUUAUGUUGCUGCGUAAUAUUCUUUUUGGUUAAUGUGUAGAUAUAUAUAUAUAAUUAGAAACAACUCUUCUAUCUAAGCUACAUGUCAGAGCACUUGUACGAAUUCCAUAUUCGAACAACAAUGCUUAAUUUGUUGAACAUGUUCAUUUUAUUUUUUGAAAUAAAUGAGUUACACCAGUAAAACAA